AUGCAGCAACCUGAUAUGGCGCCUCAGGCGCCGCAGAUGACCCCGCAUCCAGAGUACAACAAACGCAUUCGACUUCUCGAGACUACGGUCCUCAACGGCAUCGAACUUUCCGCAGGCCACGUUGGUCUCAUCAAGAAUCGCGUUACAGAGGGCGGAUGUGACAAGUAUCGAGUCGAAUGGCGCCAUGCACACCACUUUGCGAAUAAAGUCCCAAUCAGCCCCGCGCUUGUCACAGAUAUCUACGAGCAGGGAUACCAGUGGAAGGGGGGUGAGAUGCUGGACUUUGUCCUCCGGAUCGACGCUGGCACAGAAGAGGAUGCUGCCAAGGCAGAAGAGCUCGGAACCAUCAUAUACCCUGACCCGUUCUCUGCCCGUCAGCAAGUCUGGAUGCCUUCGUACGCCACUGGACUUACGUACAUUCCAAUUCGACGAAACGGAGAGGAAGUCUAUCGGAUUCUAGGCAACGAAGACUAUUUUCCUUUCAGGAUGCUCCACGAUCAGCAGUCAAGCGAGCACAAACUUGUCAAGGCAGGCACUGAAGGCAAGAUCUUUGAGGUCUAUGAUAGUGGCUGGGUGCGAGUGGCAGUCCCGCAAUAUUCUCGCCCAAUCCAUGUUGCGCGCUCGUUCAUGGCAAUCGGCAAACACAGGAUCAGCCCCACGUCCUGGGUACUCAAGCGUGAACACAACAUCUUGGCUCCACAGAUCACGACAAGUGCCGACGGUGGACUUCUCUAUCGUACUGCGUACUCGUUCUUCAAGGCCUUGCAAAGCAACCGGACAAGCCUUCCACAGAUCGAGCGGAGCAUCUUGGAUGUCCUAGGUUACGAAGAUGAGGGACCCAGGCGCAUGGCCGACCUCAUUGUCGAUGGGUGCAAAAAGGCAGGAACCCUGGAGGAACUAAACUCGGAAAGCUUCACUCUCGCCAGUAUCUGUGAGGCUGGACAGCUCAUCGGAUCAUCGACAGCCAAUUCGAGCCAAAAGCUGUUUAAGGCAUCAGGCGUCAAAAGCAGCGCAAUGAUUUACCUCAUCGAACAUGGCAAAUUGCGCAGCGACCCGGCUCGUCAGAACGCGGUUUACACCGGUUCGUCUGGGGAUGGGGUUAAGCGCAUGGGCUCGCACAAUGGAGACUCCCAAUUCAAGACGAGCCCGCACUACCUCACUUGGCGCGCGUCAGACAGGCAUCGUAUGGUGAACAUCUGCUGUGCUCCUACAGGUCAAGCACAAGAAGCACGCCGAUUCGCUAUGGAGACAUUCUUCAUUGCCGCCCUUGACACUUACGCUCCAAAGCUGGUUAGCGAUUUCGCGAAAUUUUUGUCCGAAGCUCAGCCAGAAGAUAGUAACAAGUUCCCGCAAACAGCUAUCCCCCAGGCCGAGGAAAGCGCAGGAUCAGGCGAGCAAGAAGCUAAGGCUACUGAGAUGCUCGAGCUUCAAGACAUUGCCUUGCGAAUUAUGAGCAUCGCAGAUGUUGUGUUUACAAAGACUGGAUGGCCACGAGGAGCUAGCCGAGACUCCUUUGAAUCUUCAGGAGGCUGUAAUUUCAGCACUCCGAUUGGCUCAUCAUCAGAAGGCAGGGUAGUUUUCUACAAAACCAUCGUGCCUGGCAAGAUGGUGCAGUAUCGACGCAAAGGUCUUAAGUGCUCUAGUAGAAACGAGGGCAAGGAGCUACUCUGCGGAUACUUCUACGAGAACAGAAUCACCUUUGUACUAAACACUGGAAAGACGAAGACUGGAAAACGUGCGACACUGAAUGGUCCCGAGCCCAAAGACGGCGACAUAGUGUACGUCGUUUACGAGAUUUGGGAUCGCGAGCAAGACGUUCCACCAGCAUCCUGGGCACGACUUCCCGCUGACGGCGAGUACGAGUACCACGAAAUAGUCCGCCGCUUGCGAGUUUCGAUUGAGUGGCAGGACUCCACCACCAACAAAUGGCACAAGAUUUACAUCGUAAGCACUUGCAACAGUCAGCUCACAGUGGACUCGCCGCCCAAGUCGUACGUACAAGGACUUGCUAUGAUUUGCGCACUUCAACAACGAUCCAUCACGAAUCCGGAUCCUUGGGUGAUGCAGUUCAGGGCACAACCAGUCGUUCAAGUCGACUGGGAUCAUCUCAAUCAGGUCCUGGCUUUGUCUAGUGAGUUUGGCGACAACUGGCAAACCCCUGCUCGAGUGCCCAUGCAUAAGAGGGAAGCCCAUCUGAGAAGUUUGGGCGCGCAGAAGUUCGGUGGAAAGUGGCGCGAAAUUCCUCCAACGAAGACGGCAAAGAAAGGCCACCUGCGUACGACAUGCGACAGGUGCUUCGUCGGUCAUCAAGCCAAGCAUGCAGCUGAUGGCAACAAGGAUCUGUCUACGCCGAGUUGCGAUAGACCAACUUCUUGUGACCGCGUUGAUCCAACCAACGAAUACUCCAGUUGCACCCAUUGCUGGGAAAAGUGCCGAAUCCGGUGCGCAUGGACGCCAGAGGACCAGAUCACAGAUGAAUAUAGGAACGCCGUCCUACACGACAUGGAAACUACGUACACAAGACAAGUGGACCUGCUGAUGGCCCCGAAAGACGUCGACAUGAGCGGGACGAACGCUUCCGUCCGCUGGGCAGUGUAG